CUAAUACUGAGACCCUAAAUGUUAAUUUUUUAUUGGGCCCUGCACUUUCCUUGGCUAGUGUCAGUAAAGACCCCACCCUUAUUGGUGAGUCUGAGAUUAUUCAUGCGGUUGUGGAAGAUGUCGCACUCCACAAGACGACAUCCUUGAUUACUGAAUCUGACCCCACAAAAGAGACGGAGCAGCCUACACAACAGAAACGUAGUAAGAAGAAAUUUAUCCUUGAAGGUGGCAACCCCCCGUCAAAAAGGAAAAAAUUUCUUCCGUCGCUCAACCCAGGCUGCUCUCUAAAACUCACUAGAGGAACUGUGGGGGUUAGAGCUGGUGCUAAAGGGGGGCGCAAACGGGCACACGGCUCCACUGGUGUGGCUAAGUCUGCAAUCAAUGACUCAUCGCUGUGUGAGGUAGUGGUGAGUCCAUCCAAAGAGUUGGAAAUCCUUGAACUGAGGGUUAAGAAUGGUCUUAUUGACGGCGGUGGUGGCUGGCCUUUGACAGCCACAAGAGGUCCAUGAAUCUACAAUUUUGGAAUUGUCAUGGUUGGGGCAUUUUCCUGACAAUUCCUCACAGAAAGAUGCUUUUAUGCUCUAUCAGCCCCUCUACUCUAUGCCUCUGUCUUCUUUUUGGAGGUGUCGGCAGCUAUGCUUUUGUGCGUUUGUCUUUGUUUCCUACUGUGAAUGUUCUCCUCCGAUCCCUUGCGGCUUUGUCUCGUUGUUGGAUCUUCUCCACCGUGUUACGUUCUAGUGCGUCUCUCCUCAGUAAUACUAUUGCUGUUGAGGAUGCUUUUAAAGUGCUUUUGACACUUACCUCUCGGAUUAUGGUAGCGCUCUCUGUAGCUGUGAUGGCGUAUCCAUCACCAUCUUCCUCUCGGUUCUUUGGUUUCUGUGACUUCUCUGGUGGUUUUGGUCUUGCGUUGGGUGCCUUGCCAAUUGGUUAUUGGGGGUGCGGCUUUUCUCAGCUUCCUGUUUUACGGCUUUUCUUUUUGUUUCUUAGCGUUUGUUGUUCGUUUUAAUUUGACUGGGUAAGAAGCUUGGUUCUAGCCUUGUACUGAGGUCUAGCUGCUUCUACCUGGUUCGUGUAUUUCCGGCUCAGUUUGCAUUCUAUCCCGUUUUGGUUUCUUUGAAACCAAACAUUGACCAAAAAAAAAAAAAAAGUUAGUUUGGGUGGUCCCAAAUACCAGUAUCCUCUCCCAAAACCCAAUUCCAAAAGGAUAAGAAAACCCUCUCUCACUCUUCUUCCUCUACUCUCUCUGAGUCUGAAGUGUGCAAUUGAGCAACUCAUGCUAUGCGUUUGAGUGCAUAGCCAGAAGCAAAGAAAGAUGUCAAUCCUUUCAAUUUCAGCUUCAUCUUCUUCCUCCCUUCUUCCCAAUGUCUCAUUCUCCUCCUCAAAAUGCUGCUCUUCAUUUCUCACCCCACAAACCCACACCAACAGCAACCCAUUUCUGCCCAUUGUGAAAUCCAAGAAGAAGAAACCAGUGGGCGUGACCAUGAGCAUUGAGGCAGGCAUAGGAGUUAUGGCCACGAAGCUCGGCAUGAUGAGCUUCUUCGAACCCAACGGCAAAGUUGUCCCAGUCACAGUGGUGGGUUUCAAAGAAGGCAACAUAGUGACCCAGGUCAAAACCGAGGCCACCGACGGAUACGAUGCCGUUCAGGUGGGCUAUCGCCGAGUCAGGGACCGAAAACUGACGAAACCCGAAAUGGGUCAUAUCCAGAAGGCCGGUUCAAUCCCCCUGCGCCAUCUCCAGGAGUUUCGGCUCCAGAGCGUUGAUGGGUUCGAGCCAAAUCAGAAGCUUUCGUUUGACGAGCUCUUCAACGAAGGAGACAUUGUUGAUGUCUCUGGAACCACAAUCGGUAAAGGGUUUCAGGGUGGGAUUAAGAGGCACAAUUUCAAGAGAGGGCAAAUGACUCAUGGGUCCAAGAGUCACAGAGCUCUUGGGUCAAUUGGGGCCGGAACGACGCCGGGGCGGGUUUACAAGGGGAAGAAGAUGCCUGGAAGAAUGGGAGGGACCAAGACCAAGAUCAGGAAGCUCAAGAUUGUGAAGAUUGAUAAGGACCUCAAUGUUGUUAUGAUCAAAGGUGCUCUUCCUGGUAAGCCUGGCAAUCUUCUUCGCAUAGCUCCAGCUAAGAUUGUGGGCAAGAACAUUCCUAAGAGUUAGUUCUUUUUUGAUUGUGAAUUUUGUAUUGUCAUUGACUCUCUCAUAUGAAUGUCUUGCUUCUCCUUUAAUUAGUGCUUUGUGAAUGUUUGCUUGGUAUGAUAUUUGGAAGCACUUCACUUGAUUGAGGGAGCAAGAAUCACUUUUUAUGUCAU